AUGUCAAACACAGCCGUCGGAAACGUUUACCAGGCGAUUAUUGACGAGGUGGUCAACAGCUCACGAGUCGAUUUUGAAGAGAGCGGUAUCGAAGAAUCGGUGCUAGAGGAGUUGCGACAGGGAUGGCAGAAAAAGCUCACUCAGCUUGAUGUCGCCCGAUUCCCUUGGGAUCCCAAGACUGACCCUCCUCCCGUACAAGCACCACCGCAAGCUGUACCACAGGCUCAGAAUCAUGCCCAGGCCCAGUUUGCGCCUCAAGUUGGCAACCCAACAGGUCUUUCUCUACCCGGGAUGGCCCAGCCUCAGAUCCAGAAUGGCGCCAAACCCGAAGGCAACUAUGUCAAGACCGAGUCUCCUGUGCCGAUCAAGCAAGAGCCCGGCUUGCAGGGCAACCCAAUGCACUAUCAGCAGUACAACAACAACCCCAACAUGGGCAUGAAUGACAAGAACAACGUAGCUGCCAACCGUGCUGCCCAGCAAUUGCAAGCUCAGUACGGCCAGCGUGCUGCCAGCUCUAUCAACGCCCUCCAUCAGCAGCAACAAGCACACCCCCAACAAGGUCAACAACACCAACAACAGCCAGGUUUACCCCAGCAACAUCAGCAGCAGCAGCAGCAGCAGCAACCAAAUCUCACACAGCAACAACAACAACAACAACAUCAACAGCAAAUGUAUCGUCAACAAAUGGCCGCAGCAACUGCCCAACAGCAACAACAACAUCCAUCCAAUGGCCAACCCCACAUCCAAAAUGGCCAGACCGACGGUGCUGCUGAUAUGGACGAGUUUGAGGGUGUGCUCAUGGAGCGGGCUGCUUCCGGGGAUCUACGUGAGCUUGGACGAGUUGAGAUCGACCGCAUGCUGCAUGAGCAGAUCCUCGCCAAGGCUAAGGCCAUGGAGGGCGGCGGCCUGAUGCUUCCUUUGAAGGAAGCUACUCGACACUCAUCCAACUCGAACUCGCGUGUAUCCAAGGGCAAGCAACCAGCCGCAUACGAUGGAGGUGACGAUGACGAAGAGGAGGAUGAGGAUGCAAUCAACUCAGAUCUCGAUGAUCCUGAAGAUGACCGGGACGACGACGACGUUGAUGACGAGGGGCUGGGUAAUAUCAUGCUCUGCAUGUACGACAAGGUUCAGAGAGUCAAGAACAAGUGGAAGUGCACACUUAAAGAUGGUGUCUUGACUGUCAACGGUAAGGAGUAUGUCUUCCAUAAGGCCACUGGCGAAUACGAGUGGUGA